AUGGCGCUGGAUACAGUGCGUAUGAGGAUACCAACAUCCACCAAUCGCCAGGAUACAUUCUCACGAGUCGAAUGGAUGCAUGAAAAUCCCACCAAGCUGCCUCUGGUCCGACGAGUUCCAACGUUGAACAUGAUACAUCAAUCGCCUAAAUUCCCUCCGCCAGAAAAGGAGAAGUCAGGAGAAAAGGAUAGCUUGACGGAAAAAGUCCGCGAGCGAGUUCCUGUCAGCGUUUCCUCUUCGACCGCUUCAUUAUCGGACGAAGACUCUAAUUCUGAUAUUCCGCAUCAAUAUCACCUUGUCUCUACUUCUCAGGUAGAUCGGAGUGACAGCACUAUAAAUUUCUCGCUCGAUGUUGCCGAUGGCAUUGAAUGCCACCUAGAAGAAGUCUCGCGCUUGAAACGAUCGGGUCAUUUUCCAGAAGCAAUCAAAUACUUCAAUGCAAACCUAGAGGAUCAUCUGGGUCUACCUCUGAUUCUGCUUGAAUGUGCCGACUUGCUAGUUGAACAGGGCUAUUACUACUAG